GCGCCCGGAACAGAACGCGCGGGCAGCGAGACAGCCAGCACGGGGAGGAGCGGCAAGGAGAGCCAAAGCGAAGUUAAAAGGGAAGCUCAGCUUGCCGCACCGGUCGCCAUGGGGUUGGAGGCAGCGCUCGAACUGGAGUGCGCGGCGCUGGGCGCGCUGCUGCGGGAGUCGCGGGAGGCCGAGCGCACGCUGCUGCUCGACUGCCGCCCCUUCCUGGCUUUCUGCCGGCGCCACGUGAGUGCCGCACGGCCCGUGCCGUGGAACGCGCUGCUGCGGCGCCGCGCUCGGGGCCCUCCGGCCGCCGCCCUCGCCUGCCUGCUGCCCGACCGCGCGCUGCGGGCGCGCUUAGCCCGCGGGGAGCUGGCGCGGGUUGUGGUCCUGGAUGAAGGCAGCACCUCGGUGGCUGAGCUGCGGCCCGACGGCCCGGCCCAUUUGCUGCUCGCAGCGCUGCUGCACGAGACGCGCACCGGGCCCACUGCCGUGUGCUUCCUGCGAGGAGGCUUCGAUGGCUUCCAGGCCUGCUGCCCAGAUCUGUGCUCUGAGGCCCCUGCCCCGGCGCCGUCGCCUGCAGGGCCUGAAAAGAGCCGCCCGGACCCUAGGGCUCCCUUCUAUGACCAGGGCGGCCCUGUGGAGAUUUUGCCCUACCUGUUCCUGGGAAGCUGUAGCCACUCGUCAGACCUGCAGGGUUUGCAGGCCUGUGGCAUUACAGCUGUCCUCAACGUCUCUGCCAGUUGCCCCAACCACUUUGAGGGCCUUUUCCACUACAAGAGUAUCCCAGUGGAAGACAACCAGAUGGUGGAGAUAAGCGCCUGGUUCCAGGAGGCUAUAGGUUUCAUUGACUCAGUGAAGAACAGUGGAGGCCGGGUGCUGGUGCACUGCCAGGCAGGCAUCUCACGCUCUGCCACCAUCUGCCUGGCAUACCUGAUGCAGAGCCACCGCGUGCGGCUGGAUGAGGCCUUUGACUUUGUCAAGCAACGCCGGGGAGUCAUCUCCCCCAACUUCAGUUUCAUGGGGCAGCUGCUGCAGUUUGAGACACAGGUGCUGUGUCACUGAAGCAGGACCCUUCUCUUGCCCCCACAUGUUGGUUCUCAGUGAUUCCUAGAGCUGCUGAUGUGGACAGGCUGGUGCCCCUCUGGCUCAAUACAGCCCCCUAACCUCUGGGAGGGCUGUUGCCUCCUUGGAGUUUGAAGAGUCCCCAAAUGGGGGCAGUAGGAAUGCUGGAGUGCUGGCCUUUCUGACCUGGUGCUCUUCUGCUAGGGGACGGAGGGCUGGCCCUCAUUCAGGGGACAGGAAUGGAGGGUGUGUCUACACUUUCCUCCCUUAUCCUCUGGCAGAAAUUAAUUGGACUCUACACCCAUGGAAUCUCUUUGGUCCAUCGCUAUGUUGAAGCCCUUUGCUGCCUGAGAGUUCCAAAAACAAGCUGUGACAAUUAGGAGCCCUGUCUGGGGGGUGGUCUGCCCCAGGGCCUGGAGCCUGAGCCUUGUGCUUCUGGGGGAGCUGGGGACUCAGGAAGUGAUGUGUAUGUUGUGUUGCGGACCUCUUCUGUGUGAGCAUUUCACGCCUGUGUUGGCACUGGAAAGUUGUUUGUGUUCAACUGACAUUUAACACUCCCUCCCCACUUCCUCCCAGCCCUAUGGGCGGGGGCUGGAAACUUCGCACUUUAUAUUUAUAUAGCACAUUGAGGAUGUGUCAAUAAAAUAUUUUGUUUAAGAAAUAACAAUCCCCCAAGUGUCUGGU